AAAUGGGGGAAUACCCUAAAUAAACAGCUGAUUGCUUCUGUGAAUUUGUUGUUUUUCAGCUUAAUCACAAUUUUUGAGUGCCCAGUUUAAAUUUAAUAGAUGAUAACAAUCAACAAACUUAAAUAGAGAAAAAACCGACCCAAGUGACAUAUUUAAUUGCGUGUUUACGUAUAAUUAUGCGUAUUAAAAAUCUCAUCAUGAAAGCGAUGUUACAACAGCGUGGUAAAAUAAACCUGUCCUUAGAAGAGUGUGAUUUAGAAAGAACUUUGCUUGGAGGACAAAGUUUUCGUUGGCGAUCAUUAUCCGAUGCUAAUAGUACAAAGUAUUGUGGAGUCGCGUUCAACAUUUACUGGGUGCUCGAGCAAGAAGAGUCCUGCAUAAAUUACGAGGCAUUCGGCACCACUCCAUUGAUCGCAGUGGACUAUACAACCUUAAUAUCGGACUAUCUCCGUGUUGAUUUCGAUUUAAAACUUAACCAGAAGGAUUGGUUAAGCCGAGAUGAGAACUUUGUGAAAUUUUUGAGCAAGCCUGUCCGCGUUCUUUCUCAGGAGCCAUUCGAGAACAUUUUUAGCUUCCUGUGCAGUCAAAACAACAAUAUCAAGCGUAUAUCAGCCAUGAUCCAAUGGUUCUGUUGUACUUUUGGCACCAAGAUUGGCCAUUUCAAUGGUGCCGAUGAGUACACAUUUCCAACGAUUGACAGAUUCAAAGGCAUCUCCAGCAACGAUCUAAACGACCAAUUACGGGCUGCUAAAUUCGGAUAUCGGGCCAAGUUCAUAGCGCAAACUUUGCAGGAGAUUCAAAAACGAGAUGGACAAACCUGGUUUAUAAGGCUGAGGAGCCUGCCGUUCGAAAAAGCUCGGGAGGAAUUGACCCAGCUCCCCGGAAUCGGAUAUAAGGUGGCCGAUUGCAUCUGCCUCAUGUCAUUGGACCAUUUGGAAUCCGUGCCCGUUGACAUACACAUAUACAAUAUUGCCAAGAAAUACUACCUGCCACAGCUGAACGGUCAAAAGAACAUUUCCAAAAAGGUUUACGAAGAGGUUUCGAAACAUUUUCAAAAGUUACAUGGACAAUACGCGGGUUGGGCUCAGGCAAUUCUUUUUUCUGCUGACUUGGGACAAUUUCAAAAAUCAUCCAAAACUGAUUGUAACAAUAAUUCAAAUAAAAAGCUUAAAAAGUAAUAAA